AUGCCUCUCCUCCCCGCAGCCCGUACCUUCACCACUGCCAAUGGCAUCAUCGGCGGCGUAGCAGUCACCGCAUCCGCCACACCACUCCUCUUCUUCCUCCCCGGCGCCGGAGAACGCAUCGCCGUGCAAUCCGCGAAAUGGGGUCCCAGAUGGGAGAACAACCUGUCUUAUAUCGCGCCCAAGAUGGAGAAGGGUGCUGCGAGAAUCGAGCCGCGGAUACAGAAGGGUGUUAAGGUUGUCGAGCCGCCGAUGAAGAGAGCUGCUUUUGCUAUCGAUCGGAAUAUCAAGAGUCUCUUGAAUGCGAGCAAGUAG